CCCCCCCUCUCCAUCCCCCAUCAUCCCCUCCCAGCAGAUACACCACCACGAUGACACGAACGCCACCCAACUCCUUCCAGCAGCUGGAAAAGCUUGGCGAAGGCACCUACGCCACGGUCUUCAAAGGCCGCAACAGCCAAACUGGCGAGCUCGUCGCGCUGAAAGAAAUCGCCCUCGACACCGAAGAAGGCACCCCCUCGACCGCGAUCCGCGAAAUCUCCCUCAUGAAAGAACUCCACCACGAGAACAUCCUCAGCCUCCACGAUGUCAUCCACGCCGAGAACAAACUCAUGCUGGUCUUCGAAUACAUGGACAAAGACCUGAAACGCUACAUGGACACCCACGGCCAACUCGAACCCCACGUCAUCAAAUCCUUCGUUUACCAACUCCUCCGCGGCGUCGCCUACUGCCACGACAACCGCAUCCUCCACCGCGACCUCAAACCCCAAAACCUCCUCGUCAACACCAAAGGCCAACUCAAACUCGCUGACUUCGGUCUCGCCCGCGCCUUCGGCAUCCCCGUAAACACCUUCUCCAACGAAGUCGUCACCCUCUGGUACCGCGCACCCGACGUUUUACUCGGCAGUCGAAGCUACAGCACCAGUAUCGAUAUCUGGUCGAUCGGCUGCAUCGUGGCGGAGAUGUACAUGGGGCGAUCAUUAUUUCCGGGUUCAAAUAAUGAAGACCAGUUGCAGAAAAUCUUCAAGAUAAUGGGCACGCCGUGUGAGGGGUCCUGGCCGGGGGUGUCCAGGUUACCGGAGUACCGGGCGGACUUUCCGUUGUAUGCCGCGCAGGAUCUGAAGGGGCUGGUGCCGAGGAUAGAUGCGACGGGUCUGGACCUCAUGAAGAGGAUGUUGAGAUUGCAACCGGAAAGGAGGAUUAGUGCUGCGGAGGCGUUGAGACAUGCUUGGUUUGAUGAUAUUGUUUGACUGGGAUGUUUCCAGGAGUAUGAUUGAUGAUGCGAGGGAUCAUGCGAGGAUGAUUAUGCGGGGAGGGGGGUCGUGUAACCUGGGGUUGGGGAGGGCAACUAAGUAAGGGAGGUCUUGUGACCGAGGGGGUUGGUUCCGGGUGACUUCUUCAAGCCGGUAACCAGAAGAUCCUGCAGUGGUCUGAGACACCCUCAUUUGACAUACGAGGAUUGAUGACUACCUAGCCAAGGGGCUGGGUCAUUUAUGAUGAUAUCAUGUUUUCAAGUUUUGAGUAAGGGUAUCGCAUUGACGAAUCAAAUCUAAGUAAUUAUAUACAUCUCAAA